CACUGAGUACACUUCUCAGAUCCCCAUCCACCUGCCUGAAUUAAUGUGAAGUGGGUGUUACUCUUCUCUCUUCAGGAUUUAGGAACUUGCAAAGCACAGGAGGCUAUCACCAGAGGCACUAUGUUUCAGCUUAUUAUUCAACUAAUAAUAUAUUUCAACAAAGGAGAUCAUGGCUUUGAUAAUGUCUACAUGGACAUGAAGACCAUAUUCAGAGCCUUUGGGCCAGAUUUCAAAAAGAAUCACCUAGCUGAACCUUUUGACAGCAUCCACAUCUACCCACUCAUGUGUAAGCUCCUGGGGGUUACCCCUGAACCCCAUAACGGCUCCCUGGCAGUCACCCAGGAAAUGCUUGUGCAACAUGAGCACAAUGAGCAGCAGCAGCCAGGUGAGAUACAAGAGCAACCACCAGGAAACUGGCAGUCUGAUCUAUUCUGUCCUGAGAUACAAAAGAAUGAAAAAGAGGUUGGGCGGGGGAGUGAGGGGGCCACUGGUAGAAUCGAGCAGAAUAAUCCUGUUUGUCCAACAGCUUCAGCAUCUGCAGGCCAAGAUAGCAGCAGCUCUUAAACAGGUAGCAAAGGAAACAGGGAAUCCCUCCACGUGCUGGUGACAUUUCAUACAGUGCCUCUGGGGCCAAAGGAAGGCUAAGGCUCUCCGUAGACAGUCAAGCAAUAAUCCUUCUGAUUCUUAGAAAUCACAUGCAAUCUGCCCCCCUGAUGUCCCUUGUAGUACAGAAAAGCGUCUUCCUUCAGCAACUCAGCCUUUGCUAGUGCCUGGAAGAAAGCUGCUCACAGUGGAAGAAACCUUACCAUUCCACUCAUUGCUGAAAAAAGAAGGAAGGAGGUGUUUCUGUAAAUGGGGUUGCUAAUU